UCUCGCACUCCAAUCAGCAACUUUUCCUUCAGCACUCUACAUCGAAAAAUCCUGUCGCCAGCCAGAUCCGCUGGGAAAACAAAAGCAGAAAUGUCCCCUCCAUCCGAACGUUUGCAAACCAAACCCGUGAUAACGUGUCUGAAGACAUUUCUCAUCUCGUACAGUCUUAUUUUCUGGUUCACAGGAGUGAUCCUGUUGGCUGUUGGAGUAUGGGGAAAGGUUAAUUUGGAGUUCGACCUCCUGCUGAGUUCAGACAAGGGCACUAAUGCACCAUAUGUCCUCAUUGGGACCGGAGCCAUCAUCAUUAUCUUCGGAUUGUUCGGUUGCUUCGCGACCUGCCGUGGAAGUCCAUGGAUGCUAAAGCUGUAUGCUAUGUUCCUGAUUCUUGUGUUCUUAGCCGAAAUAGUGGCAGGUAUAUCUGGCUUUAUUUUCAGACAUGAGAUUAAAGCAGUGCUUAAAGAUGGCUAUAAACGUGCUGAAUUAACCUACACUGGUAAAGACACUGAAGAUCUGGACCGGAUCCAGAGAACACUGCAAUGCUGUGGAGAGAAGAACUACACCAGCUGGGAAAACACUGAUUACUUCAAAAUACACGGCAUCCCCAAAAGCUGCUGUAACGUGACUGCUGGUGUAAACUGUACAUCUGCAGAACUUACAGAUCUUAAAACAGCUGCAUCAGUGGUAUAUCAGCGGGGCUGCUUCGCUCUGAUGACUACAACGAUGGAGGCCAAUCUUGGUAUUAUUGCUGGAAUUUCUUUUGGAAUUGCAUUCUUCCAGCUCAUUGGGAUAUUCUUGGCAUGCUGCCUGUCUCGCUAUAUCACCAACAACCAAUAUGAGAUGGUGUAGCGAUUCUCCUCCACAGGUACAUUUUCUUACUCUUCCCUGGUAUCAUCUGCAGAUCACAGAGGGCUGAACAUGACACAAAGGGAAACCAUUUAGUUUCAGUGUUUUGUAUGUGUGCCUUAGCUAAACAUUUCAUUUUAGAGGAUUUGUGACUGCUUUUUAAAGAAUAUUUCUUGUUGGUUAUUACAUUGAAGGGAAAUGACCCAUUCCAAAGGGAUAAGAUUGUUUUGCAUUUGUGUUGCCCGAGUGUAAAUGUAAUAGUGUUUAGAUAUACAGAUGUUUGUAGAAAGUGCAUAUGUUUUAAACCAGUGUUAAACCAGGAACACACAGUCAGUUAUGAAGUAAACAGUGUGUUGUACACCUUGACUUUUGUUUCAUUGGAAUUAACACAUGCUAAAACUUUGCAUCUAGUAAACACAUUUGUAACCUUUCUUGCAUACAACCUUAAAGUUCAACAUUUUCCAAAAAGGAUGUUUUGAAAAUGACCUGAUAGUAAUUUGGGUCAUUAAGGUGUUAUCCACUUCACAUGUUACAUAUGGAGUUCUGUUUAUCAUCACCAGUUCAUUUUCAAGAACUAGUUUUAAUACAUGUAUGUCCAUUUCUAUUUGGACUGCUUUGAAAAUUAUGUGUUUUUUUGCAAUUUCUUUGCUGUCUUUAUUAAUGUAGCAGUGAUAGUGUUUAUUAUAAGGUUGUUGAAAGUCAUGGCUGUAAUGCGCUGAACAGAAAAUGUGGAGUGUCUCUUUAACUUUGUCUGUGAAAUGUGAAAUCUGUUGUCGCUCUGGUUGAUCAGGUAACAAUAUUUAACAUGUACAUAAAAGGCUACUACAACUAUCAAAAUUAUCCAUGCCAGGGUUGAAAAGUAUUUAAAUCAUCCUUGCAUUUGUAAGGAAAGUAAGGUAAUGUAUAAUCCAGAUUAUGUUUGGAACUAUUCUUUUCUCAGCAUAUGUCAGCAUAUUCAUGCUCAUUCAUUUUUGUCAUAAGUCAGAGAAACCACCCUCUGCGCUUUGUCAGUUAGUGGAUUUAUUUUUGAGCAUGUGCACGUCAAAUACUAAAGAUAUUUAUAUCUUUGUAAGACAACAUUUUCAACAGCCUUUUCGUAUGUUUGUUUUUUUAUUUUUCAUUUUUGCAAAGCAAACUGUAUAAUGCAUAGGAAUAAUAAACUCUUUUUAUAUGCGCAUAGGCU